ACGUUCCAUACUCUCGUUUUCCUUCAACAAAAUGAACAACUAGACUCUUAAAAUUCUCGACACCCGAAUCCCGACGCAAGCAGACAAGGCAAGCGCCAAACGUCUAACCGUAACAAACUACGGAGCUCCGGUUAACAGUAAACUGGUCUUUCGGAUCAUAGAUCUCCGGCUACGUUAGUUCUUCCCUUUCCUUUGAUCUUUUUUCUGGUGAGCUUUAAAAUCUUGUCGAGGCUGAAUCUCAGUGAGUUUUGAUAUGUCGGGUCAAGGUCAGCGUCUAACUGUUACACCAACUGUUACGGUGCUUGGGGUCAUUAAGGCUCGUCUUGUUGGUGCUACAAGAGGCCAUGCCCUUUUAAAGAAAAAGAGUGAUGCUUUGACUGUGCAAUUCCGUUCGAUCCUGAAGAAGAUAGUUUCCACUAAGGAAGCUAUGGGAGAUAUUAUGAAAACAUCUGCCUUUUCCUUGACCGAAGCUAAAUAUGUUGCUGGAGAGAAUGUUAAAUAUGUUGUUCUCGAGAAUGUCCAAAAUGCAUUCCUUAAGGUUCGUUCUCGACAAGAAAACGUGGCUGGGGUGAAACUUCCAAAGUUUGAGUACUUCACUGAGGGAGAGACGAAAAACGAUUUGACUGGAUUGGGUAGAGGAGGCCAGCAAGUGCAGCAGUGUCGUGGAGCUUAUGUAAAAGCUAUUGAGGUUCUUGUUGAACUAGCUUCUCUUCAAACAUCGUUUUUGACUCUUGAUGAAGCUAUCAAGACUACAAACCGUAGAGUGAAUGCCCUGGAAAAUGUUGUGAAACCCAAGUUGGAGAAUACUAUUACUUACAUCAAGGGCGAGUUGGAUGAGCUAGAAAGAGAGGACUUUUUCAGGUUGAAGAAGGUACAGGGUUACAAGAAGAAGGAGGUUGAGAAACAACUUGCAGCUGCAAAGCUGUUUGCGGAAGAGCAGGUUGCGGAAAAGGUUUCUUUGCAGCGAGGGAUAUCAAUCCAUUCAGCUUAUCAUUUUUUGGCUGGUUCACAGAAGGAUGAGGACCUUAUCUUCUAAUGCUGAGGUCAGUCUACUCAGAUUUUAUACUGGGGUGGUGUUGUUUGAGGUCGUUUCCCAUGUACAAGAAUAAUCUCAUUCUUUAAUUAGAGUAAAUUUUUUUGGUUUCAAAUAAAAAAAUUUGACAAUCAAUGGUUUGAGCCAUUCUGAAAUCUCUUUUUGAGUCAUCUUUUGAUUAAUUUGGAUUUGGAUUUAUACAUAGUUGUAAAUCAUUGCAAAGUCUAUUAUGUAUUGUGUGUUUUCUUUUGUUGAAGAACAAUGCCAUUCUUUAAUUGUAUUAACUUUUUUGUUACGAAUAAAAGCAUUUGACAAUGAAUUGUUUGAAUCAUUUUGAAAUCC